UCCUGCCGCAGUCUACAGCUGUGUAACGGUUCUUUCUUUUUAGCGUCCUCUCUUGACCAGCAGACAGCCAUCAUGUCUAUCAUCAGACAAACCCGCACUUACACAUCAAGUGCUCCCCAGAAGGCCCACAGUGUGUCUGGGUUCAACCUCAGAUCAACACCUCGCAUCUCUGCUUCCAGUGCACGUUUUGUGUCCUCAUCAGGCGGCAUGGGGAUGGGUGGCGGCCUGGGCAUGGGUGGCGGCCUGGGCAUGGGUGGCGGUGGCUUUGACCUGUCAAGCGCCCUGGACCAGGGAACAGUGCGCCUGAACGAGAAGGCCACCAUGCAGAACCUGAAUGAUCGUCUGGCCUCCUACCUGGAGAAGGUCCGUUCUCUGGAGGCAGCCAACGCCAAGCUGGAGAAACAGAUCAGAGAGUACUAUGAGAAGAAGGGACCAGCAGCUGAGAAGGACUACAGCAAGUACUGGGACAUCAUCAACGGCCUGAGGGACAAGAUCCAUGCCGCCACAAUGGAAAAUGCCAACAUCCUGCUCCAGAUUGAUAACUCCAAACUGGCUGCUGAUGACUUCAAGACCAAAUUCGAGCAUGAGCUGAUGAUGCGCCAGUCAGUUGAGGCUGACAUUGCCAACCUCCGCCGCCUGCUCGACCAGACCACCCUGACAAAGGCUGACCUGGAGAUGCAGAUCGAAGGCCUGCAAGAUGAGCUGGCCUACCUGAAGAAAAAUCAUGCAGAGGAGCUGGCAGCACUGCGCUCUCAGCUUACAGGCAAUGUCAACGUGGAGGUAGAUGCCGCACCUCAGCAAGACCUGAACAAAGUUCUGGAGGAGAUCCGUGCACAGUAUGAAGCAAUUACUGAUAAACAUCGUCGCGAUCAGGAAGCCUGGUUUAAUGACAAGUCGGCAACCCUGACAAAAGAGAUAACCAUCCACACAGAGACAAUCCAGACGUCCAAGACAGAGAUCAGUGACCUACGGCGAACACUGCAGGGCUUGGAGAUUGAGCUGCAGUCUCAGCUUAGUAUGAAAGGGGCUCUGGAGAGCACGUUAGCAGAGACAGAGGCUCGCUACAGCGCCAUGCUCGCCGGCUUCCAGAACCAAAUCAACAUGCUUGAAGGAGAGCUAGCCAACGUUCGUGCCAGCAUUGAGCAACAGGGCCAGGACUACAAGAUGCUGCUGGAUAUCAAGUCAAGGCUGGAGCAGGAAAUUGCAACCUACAGGAGCCUGUUGGAAUCAGAAGAGUCCAGAUAAACACAGGGGGCUGAAGUACCACAGUCACAACCACCACUGUGUGCACUUCCAGCUAGGAGCUCCAGCUGGCAGGACAAGCUGUUCUUAGACACAUGCACACUCACACACACACAUACUCCCACAAAUAAAAGCUAUUAAAUGAGAGGAAACCGUACUGAAAAAUGUUGAAAAAAAAAACCUGUUUAAGAGUUCACGAUCCAAGUUUGCAAAUCAGAAGACGAAAUUCCUGAUGUACUGUGUGUGUUUGUGUGUGUGAUGUCUCUGAAAAAUAAAUCUGCCAGUGAAUAUAA